AUGGUGAGAGGGAUAAUCCGUAAUCGGGGAAGGAAGAGAUCAGGGAAAGUCAGAACGACGAUUAGGCUCCUAACCGAAAUAGCUCAAAACUUGACUCAAGCUAUGACAACUCAGGUAACUCGCAAGGGUAAUAUUGAAAACUUUGGCGAUGUCUUUAAGAAAGUAGCAGCUAGUAAACCACCUACCUAUGAUGGAAAGGAAGACCCUGCAAGUCUAGAAAAUUGGCUUAGAGAAUUUGACAAACUGUUUGAUGCUAUCAAUUGCCCUGAGGAUCUAAAAAUCAAUAAUGAUGUGUACUAUCUAAGGGAAGAAGCUGACCUAUGGUGGUCACAAAGAAAGAAAGACCUAAUGGCCAAACCUGAUUUUGAUUGGGAAACCAUGAAAGAAGCUUUGAGAGCUAAGUUUUAUCCUCCCUACCUAAAGAAGCAGAAAUGCCUAGAAGUUACAAACCUUAGAAUGGGCACCAUGACUGUGAAUGAGUAUUACACCAAGUUCAUAGAGCUAAUGAGGUUUGCACCUGAAAUAGUCCCAACUGAAGCCAUAAAAGCUCAAAGGUUUGAGCAAGGGUUAACUUUGACUUUGCAAGGGAAGCUUGGGGGAGUUAACUUUGAAUCCUUAGAUGAUGUUUAUGGGCGUGCAGCUCACCUAUAUGGGAUUAAAGGAAAAGAGCUUGAUGGAAAUUCUGGUGAAAAGAGGAAGGGAAAUGGAAACUUCCAAGGGAAUGAGAAGAAACCUAAGCUGGAUGGGGAUUUUAACCAUGGAAAGAGGGAAGGGAAAUUUAACCAAAAUAGGGAAGAAAAUCACAAUUUCACCCAAAAAUGGAAGGGAAAUUAUAAAAAUGGAAGUAACGGGAACAAGGAUAAGCCUAAAAGGAACUACUUUUGCAAAAGUGUGAGAAUAACCAUCCAGGAAAGGAUUGUGAGGGAAACCUAG